AAACCAGCGCUGCUAUUGACAAACAAAGAGAAGAUUGAGACAAUCCAGGAAGACUGGACCCAGUCGAGACCACACUACAGACUCAGGUACCACAGUUUCCUCCCUCAACGACGACCAACGCAAAUCCGUAACACUGGAAGCAAUCAAGACCACACAACUGGCACUGUCAAUGGCGUUGGGUUUAGCGAGUGGUCCAGUUUUUCGCCUUGCAGCAAAGAUUGUGUUAAGAAAAGGCAAAGAUAUUGUUUCUCUUCAAACCACGCUGACUGUCCUGGGGCAUCGUCGCAUGGCGUGGAAUCUCAAUGGCAGAAUUGCGCGAACGAGGAAUGUUACGCUCCUGUUGCUGGUCAUUGGGGUCGCUGGUCCUCUUGGACAGAAUGCGAUGAAAAUUGCAAGCGUCAUCGAUCCAGAAAAUGUUCAGAUCCCGCCCCGAUGCAUGGCGGGAAAGACUGCCCAGGGGUUGCGAAAGAAGAAAAAGAUUGCUACGCCAACAGUACAUGCAACCCAGAUAACUGUGAUUUUACGCGCGGUAGUUACUGUCAUUGGACCCGUUAUAAAAACAUGGAUUAUUUCUGGCAAGCACAUAAAGGAUCAACACCAACCGGGAGCACUGGUCCAAAUCAAGACCAUACUACUGGCACGGGCCAUUACAUUUUUACCGAGGCCAGCUUCCCUGCCAAAGAGAACGACACAACACUCCUAACAAGCAAACUGUUUCCACCCUCGCAAUGUCGUUGCAUUUCCUGGUACUAUUACAUGUAUGGCCGCUCAAUGGGAGAACUCAGCGUGUACAUUAAAGACCCUGUGGGUUCUAAGAGGAUAAUAUGGGAUAAGAAAGGUGAUCAGGGAAACAGAUGGAUAUUAGGUAGCGCAACAAUAUCUAACGUGUCUACGACUAGUUACCAGGUGGAAUUUGAAGCAAUUCGUGGCCGAUCUUUUUAUUCUGACAUGGCUUUGGAUGACAUCCAUUUCACGGAAAUGCCCUGUGGUAUUCAACACUUGGGAUGUUUUAACGAUCGUUAUAAAAGAGCUUUGCCAGACUUGAUUGCGAAUCUCCGGGAUAAAAUAGACUGGUAUGACAUGCAAAAGACCGUCAGAGAAUGCGCCUGUGUUGCUUAUGACAAAGGAUAUAAGUAUUUUGCUGUGCAGUUUUAUGGAGAGUGUUGGGGUGCAAGAAGUUUGAUUGAAUAUGACAAAUAUGGUGCUUCCAACGACUGUUGGUCUGGUGUCGGAAAAGAUUUCACGAAUUAUGUUUAUAAAUUCACGAAAUAAGAUACGUUUUAUGUUCCUUUUAUCUAUAUCUUAACAUUCCCAAUAUUUUAGGAUUAAGCCACUAGUAUGUAGGAAGUUGCAUGACAAAAGUCACAAAGAUUGCAAAGAAAAAGACUUGCGUCCGUGCAAAUCUAUUCUUAUAGAGAGUUUACCGUGUAGUAUUGUAUAUAUAUUUAUUUUAAUUUUUGAAUAGAAACAGCCCACUAUUGCGUUUAAUGAUUAGUUGAAGUGAAUAAAAAUA